GAAGGAUGAAUGAGAUGAUGCAAAGGAGUAACAUGGAGGUUUUCAAUGUCAAAUUCAUCAAGGAAGAACCCCAAACCAGCUGGGAGACAUCAUCUAAUUGCCAGGCGCCUGUUGUAGUUGAGCUUAAGGACCAGACAGAAUGCCUCCAAGAAGUUGGUUCACCACUCCAGAAAAAAAGAGAGCACAUUGCUACCAAGGAAGAAGAUCAUGACUUAUUCAGCGAAGUAGAAGAAGGUGACUCUAACAUCUCAAAGACACAAGAAGAAAAGGUUCACUCUACAAUACAAGAAGAUCAUGGAAGCUCCAGCAGGAUGGAUGCCGAAAGAGCUACCAGUAGACAGUCGAGUCUAGCUAAUGACAGUCAUCAAGUGUAUCAAUAUCAGAUGGGUGAGGAGAAGAUCUUGACUUCGGAACAUAAUGGCUCCAUGUACAGUGUCUUUGAGGAAAGAACUUCAAUGACUGAACAAAGAGAAGAGAUCGAUGAUGGUUGGUCGCUCAACGAGACAAGACCUUUCAUCCGAACACCCGAUGUAAGUCUUAGUAGGUCUUAUUUGCACCAUGGAGGUCACGUAGAAGAGAUCGAUGAUGGUUCGUUGCUCAAUGAGACAAGCCCUUUCAUCCGAACACCCGAUGUAAGUCUUAGUAGGUCUUAUUCGCAUCAUGAAGAUCACGUAGAAGAGAUCGAUGAUGGUUCGUCGCUCAACAAGACAAGCGCUUCAAUCCGGACACCCGAUGUAUGUCUUAGUAGGUCUUAUUCGCACCAUGAAGACCAAGUAGAAGAGAUCGAUGAUGGUUCGUCGCUCAACGAGACAAGACCUUCCAUCCGGACAUCCGAUGUAAGUCUUAGUAAGUCUUAUUCGCACCAUCAAGAUCAAGUAGAAGAGAACAGCGAUGGUUGGUUGCCCUUUGAUACAAAUCCUUCCCUCCAGACUCCAGGACAAUCCGGCGAGAGGCCUUACUCAUGCCAUCAUUGCGGGAAGAGAUUUGCCAGCAAACAAGCCGUCAACAGCCAUAUGCAGUUCCACAAACCGUAUCAUUGCCCAAAGUGUAAUAAGGGAUACUAUGCAAAGGAAGAGUUGGCAGAACACAUGGACACUCACAAUUCGGCGCAUGCUCCGAAGAUAAUGUACCAUUGUACCUACAUGGACUGCGAUAAGGAGUUUCCCACCCACCAAGGUCUUAGUAGGCAUAUGCAAGGACAUCCUCAAGAAAAGCCAUUUGAAUGUUCAGAAUGCCAUAAGGGCUUCGGUACUCAGAUCUAUCUAAAUGCUCAUAUGAAAUUACAUAGUAGAGAAGCUAAAUUUCAUUGCGCUGAGUGCGGCGAAGGUUUUUUUUCGAGAGGGUCACUUUGCUAG